CGUAGAAUAGCGUUUAGUGUUCACCGGCAGUAGCUUUUGUACAGUGUUUUAAUAUAUAGUAUAUAUAUAUAUACAUAUAUAUUUUUCUUAACCGGUUGUUAAAUUCACGAACAGAAGGAAUUGCGAUCAAAUUCAUGAUACGUCCAGUUUGACCAAUCACAAAGAAUCAUUGUAUUUUCGUUUCAACGAAUCGUCCCGAAUAUACCGGUACUACGACGUGUCGUUAACCUCUAGCACACGAGAAGAAAAACGAAAAUUUUGAAAACGCCAAAAAUAUUGUACUGUGAUCUUUCCAAUUCGUCCUUGUCGAGGUAUUAAUAAUUCUUUUAGUGCACACAAGUAGUCUUCUUAUAAUCUGGGCCCUUAUUUGACGACUCAAUGUUAACGAAAAGAGUAUUUAGCCGAUCAUAAUUGCGUAUUAUACGAUAAGUGUUGCAAGUAACGGCGUUUGUGAUUGGAGGAUAGAAAUAUAGGAACAGAUAAGUGAAAAUGGGCUGCAACACGAGCAAGGAGAGUGUCCAGCCGGUUGGAGAUGAAGCAAAGGAAGAUGGGAAAAACGGUGAUAUCACGAAAGGAGAGAGCAGUCCGGCGAAAGUAGAUUCGCAAGAAUCGUCGCAGAAAAGACAAUCGGCGGAUUCGAAGGAGAGAAAGGAGGGAGAGAAGAAAGAAGAGGACACGGAGAAGGAGAGGGAGAAAGCCGCGACCAGGAUACAAGCGGCAUUCCGCGGCCACCACGCCAGAAAGAGUAUGAAAGAUAUUGAAUCCUCGACGAAGCAGACGGGGACCAAAUCAAACUCAGAGCCAACCAAAGAACAACUUCAGCAGGAGUUCCGCGCCGACGAUAAGGAGCUUUGCGAAGCGGCGACGAAAAUCCAGGCAUCUUUCCGCGGCCAUAUGUCGAGAAAGGAGCAAGCAGCUGCAGCCAUCGCAAAAUCGGCGGAGAAUGCCGUCGAGGAUGUUGUCUCUAAGAUGGAGGAGAAGGCGAAGGACGCCAUGAACGAGCUCGAGGGUAUCGAUCUCACGGAUCCCGAUCUGCACAAAGCGGCGACGAAAAUCCAAGCGAGCUUCCGGGGUCACAAGGUCCGCCAGGAAGUGUUAGGGAAUCCAGCGCAGAACGAGCCCAAGAAAUAAGAAGGAUGAGAUUUGAGUGCUGAUUUUUUUUCGAAAUCGAAUCGUCGAUAGUAUGCCCGAUCAUGAAAAAAAAAAAAAAAAAAAAAAAAAAAAAAAAAAAGUAAAGAAUAAAAAAGAGAGACAACAAAAAAAAGAGAGAGAGAGAGAGAACGAAAAAAACACACAAAAGAGGAAAGUAAAUCGAACGAUAGAAACAAUAUAGCAGGGAAUCGGGCCUCGGGUCUUUGCUUUUCCAUUUGUCGUCGAGUCCGCUUCGUACGAUCGCAUGCGUAUCCUUUCGUUGAUCCCACGAAAUUUUAUGGCAUUUUUAUCUUUGUAUCCGUAUCGACACGAUUAUUCGGGAAUCGAAUACGUUUCUCGCCGCGAUUUGUUUGAAUAUCGAGCUUACAAGUUCGCAUAAACUUUUCGAACACCGAUAAUCCUCAAUGGAACAAUUUUCGAUCCGUAUCGUACUUACGUAUUCUUCGUCCUUUCGAAACUAUAGUAUAUUACGAAAGAUAUGGAUAGUAUCUAUUCUGAAUAAAACAAAAUGAAACUUCGAAUUUAUAUCUUGAUAAUUCAUAUUACGGUACCAAUUCACGUUGAAGUGGCACAGUAUAUUUUAGAUUUAGUAAUAUGCUUAUAAUACGUUUUAAGAUUAUAUAUGCGCACACCACCACCGUGUGAGCGUCGUUUUAAUCACUAUCCUAUAUAUCGACGUUCUCGAAUAGGCAUUUCCAUCGAAUGUAUGGAACGAAUCCUUCCGAUAUUUCACGAAAAAUAAAUUGGAAAAUUUAACGAGACGAUAACAAGAUCACGUUGCUUGCCAUAAAACUCAACGAAUCAUGAAAUAUUAUAUUGAAUCGAAUCGCGGUCAAGUAUGAAUUCGAAAAAAUGCUAUUACUUGAAGAAAGUUGUCUCGAGUUUCGUUCAAUCGGAAUCAAAGGAACGAAAACGAAUUAAUUGGGUGGAAGGUUGAACAGAUCUUUCAUAAAUUCGUAAAAGAAAUGCGGUGGGCGCGUUUCCUCGAGCAGGAAACCGAUUAUUCGAAUCGAUUUAAUCGCACGUAUACUCGAUACGAAAGUUUUCGUUUAAUCAGCCGCUAGAUUCGCAUUCGUGCGUUCGAAAUGAACACACGAUCGAUAAAUUCUCUCGUUCAUCGUUAACACGAAAUUUAUCAUGGUGGUUGACAAUAUUCACCAAGGAUUGUUUGCGAUCGUGAACGCCGAUAUAUCGAGGUUGAUUAAAAAUUUCGAUGGCAGGGGUUACGGAUGUGCCACCGCUGCGUUCUAUUCCUCCCUUGUAUAAUUUUAACUGUACGAACCGUCGUCGAGACUCGACGAUUCGGCCAUUCGAAUCGUCCGUGGAUUUCGUGCGAAGAUUCGCGAACGAGAACAGUGAAAAAUUACAAGCAUCGAAUAAUUAAUUAAUAACCCAUUCUCGGUAUGGAGAGGAUAGAGUGCAGGCAUUUACUUGUGAAUGAAUUGAUUCGAAGAAAUGAUAGCAGUUGCAAUCUUUGAUAAUCAUUCGAAAGUCGAUCGUAUUUCUUUCCUUUUCGGAAUAAUAUCACGUGUAAUAUCGUGUUCACAUCGAUAAGUUCGCGUUAUAACGAAUCGAUUGAAUUCGUCGUUUUUAUUCAUUACAUCGCUUAAUGUAAGUCCAAUUCAAAUAAUAACGAAGUAUGUGUACAUGCACGUAUGAUAAUGUGUACGAUAUGAUUACAAAAUCAAUGGAGGAUCAAUUUGGUCGAAAAAAAGGAAAUUAAUAACCGGCAAAACGGCGCAUGUCUGAGGCAAACAACAUGUUUAAUCGAUAAACGUGUCGUUGAAGUUAUAUCGUUUUAACUUUUAAGGAUGUCCAUCCCGUCACAUUGGUAUUGCGAGUUAUUUUUCGAUGACUAGAGGCAUAUAUUUUUACGCGUUAGAUCGCAUCGUAACGACACAUGAUUAUGGAUACAUAUAUAAAACAUAAGACGCGCAUUUAUACGCAUAUAUACGCAGGCACAGAUGCUUUCACAACCCCGUAGACGCAAUAAUUCGACAUAAAAAGAGGCUUCGAGCGGCCCGGUCGAACUGCCAUGUAACGGGUGCGCGUUUCGUAUCGUUCUAUUUUUAUCUAGUCUAUCUUCCUUCGAUUUUGUUCCCGUCGAAUUUACCAGUAGAAGAAGUAUACGUUGUUUUUAGCAGGCCUAAAAACGUUACUGCUGCUUUUUACGAUCGUUAAGAGCACUCGUUCUUCUCCUUUAUUUCGCUCCUCUUUUGCGCUGUUCUCUAGAACUUCCUGAUUCUUUUUUAUCCUGAAUGAUUGACUAUCGAUCGUUGAAAAAGGGCACAAAGAAAUUAAAGUUUGGACAUACGUGGUAAUUUAUUCGAUGAAAAUUAUUUUUUAUUCCUUCGAGGAAAGGAAUGGCGAUAUAUGUAUUAUAAUUAGACGCACCAUUCAAAAUAAUUAAAAGACUCUGUGUUUAACUGUUUAUACCCAAUAUAUUUUAUAAAUUCCCUUUAAAUAAGACAUAAGUAUUAUAUCGAAAAUGCUACGUUUCCCCUAUAUUUAAUAUUAAUGUUCGAUUUAUUUUUGUCAAACGAUUAGAAAUUUUUGAACUAUUUUGAACAGAACACCUGAUUAAUUAGCUACAAAAUAAACUUAUAGCAUUAUAAUAUUAUUAUUGUAUAUUAUACAUCGUUUCGUCCUAUAAAGCAUUCACUGUGUCAAAAAAUUUAUAAAAUAUUUAAUUAUUGUCAAAAAAUAUUAUUUUAGAAUAAUUCUAUUCAGAUAUUAUAUAUUGUAUUAUUUAAACUAUACAAAUUUGACUAGCUAAUUUCUUUGUUUCAUACGAAUAUCUAAGAAUGAAAUGAAGAAAAUUCUUUUACAAAACUAUUUCUUUAAAUAUAAUAUACUCUUGAUAUUAAAUGUGCAAACCUGUUAUGUUAUCUUCUCAGUCUCAUUCACGACCUAAUUGUUGAUAUUAAUUGCUGUUUAUUUCUUCUGUAAAUAUUUUCAAUGUGCAUCACCGAUUCCUGUUAUGCAUUGUCACGUACCGCAAUGUUUCUAUCGGACAUUAUGCAAAGCAUAAUUGUAUGUACUUUCUACUUGUAUGAAAGACAAUUAUUAUGUGCACAUAAUAUAUCUUUGGAAAUAUAUCACACAAAUUUUUGCACUUGUUUCUGAUAACUCUUAUAUUGAAAUAUCUUUGUGAAAAAUUUAUCAAAAAGUUGUUAUAAUAAACAAAUUCUGAAAGCAAUUUCGAAUUAAAGUUAAAUGCGGUUCAGAAAACUGAAAAUCCGCAGAGUUCGAUUCUGUACAGUAUUCUCAUAUGUAUUAAAAUACAUAUUAUGAAGAAAAUUUGAAUAUUAUGCAAUAUAUCAUUAUUAUAUCAGUAAAACUUUAUGUUGAGAAGUGAAUCUCUUAAAUUUCUUUUUAUUAUAAUUGAAUUUCAUCCACAUUCACAUAUUUUCCAAUUAAAACAAUAUGAAAUCAAUCUAUAAAUAGUAGAUAUUAAAGAAGUUUUGCACUUGUCACUGUGCAUAUAAAAGAUAUUUUUCAAUUUCUUACAAUUUCAUACAUUUUCACUUAUCUGUCAAUCUGAUAAACAAUGGAAAAAGAAAGUAUUGCUUGAAUCACGCUUUUCGAAUUUUUCGCGUGUAAUUAAACGUUUCUAAACAUCAUUCAUGCUCAGUUCCAAUUUUCUUGCAUUUUCACAUUACCUCAUAAGGUCGUUUGUAGAAAGCUAAUAAAAAUAUUGCUAUCGUUGAAAAUGUCUAUGAAACUCGACAUAUAAUGAAUCGAACAUCUAAAUAUAAUUUAUUUCUAAUCGUGAACAACCAAAGAAAAAAAUAUUUGAUAAUAAUUGAAAGCCGAUUCACACUGCGACACGUCGAGUCUCGGCAAUACAUGCUAAAAUAUAUCUAUAUAGAGAAGGAUUUAAUAUAUUGAAUCUAUUUAUAAUAUUAUAUUCCUGUUAUAAUAAUAUUUGUAUGCUACAAUAAGAGCCUCCUAUAUGAAUAUUAUUAUAAUUCACAUUCUAUACAUAUACAUAUAUUAAUACUAUUAAUAUAUUAUAUUUAUAUUAUAUAUUAUAUGUGUAUAAUAAUAUUAAUACAUUGUCAAAUAUAUAAAUAUUUAUGAUCCAUCAACGACAUGGCAACUGCAUUUUACUAUUGCCGCCUAGUGGGGAUCGGCUUUAUAUUUUCGCAAAAGAAUUAUUUUUCUUUUGCAUAAGAAUUUAUUUUUUAAUAUUUCAAUCAAAGAUAUAAAUAUCGUGAAUACUUUUAUAAAUCGAAAAUGAAUAGUGCAAAAUUGAAAUCGGGCAUUCUACAAUGUUGUGUAUUCAAAUAAAAAAAUUAUAUAUUUCCAAGACAAUUAUCCUUGGAAAGAAAUACUUACUUGGAAGUAAAUGACAGAUAAUUUUAUUUGCUCUAAGCAAAAUUGUUGUGUAAAAGGAUUCGUACUAUCGAAGAACCGAUUUAAAAUAUUUAAAUAUUUUGAAGCUUUUGUAGUUGCUGGAAGUGUCUAUCGAUGCGUAUGGUUAGCGAUUACGAGGUUAAGAAUUAAUGGAGAAGAUUGUUGUAAUAAAUUAUAGGCAUUUUCUUCGGUAUGUGACGUUACCACACAAAUAUAGAUUAGUAACGCACAAAAUGUUACAGUAAAUUGUAUUCUAAGGAUGUAACAAAUAAUUGUAAUGUUUAAACGAGCAGUAACCGUAUAUGUAAUCUGUUUGUUUAAAAUAAAUACCCAUUAAGUGUACAAAAUAACAAUUCCGACCUAUACUGUGAAAAAUUAAUAGAAAUACACCUCUAAUUAAAAUAA